AUGGCGACCAGGGCGGUGCUGCAGACGUUUGAGCGGUAUCAAAAGGAAAGAGUAGCCUUUGUCUCGGCGGUGGCGGAGAUGGCCAAGAACCCGCAGAAUAUUGAGGCGUUGCAACAAGCCGGUGCUAUGGCCCUGCUGCGGCCGCUCCUGCUGGACAACGUGCCCAGCAUCCAGCAGUCGGCGGCUAUGGCUCUGGGGCGAUUGGCCAAUUACAGCGACGACCUGGCGGAGGCGGUGGUGCAGAACGAGAUCCUGCCGCAGCUGGUUUACUCGCUGUCGGAGCAGAAUCGCUUCUACAAGAAGGCGGCCGGCUACUGCCUGCGCGCCGUCGCGAAGCACUCGCCUGAGCUGGCGCAGGCGGUUGUGGACAGCGGGGCGCUGGACAGCCUAGUCACCUGCCUCGAGGAGUUUGACCCUGGGGUCAAGGAGUCUGCGUGCUGGUGCCUGGGAUACAUGGCCGGGCACAGCACAGAGCUGGCGCAGCAGGUGGUGGACGCAGGUGCGGUGCCGCUGCUGGUGCUGUGCGUGCAGGAGCCUGAGCUUGCGCUGAAGCGGGUGGCGGCGAGCGCGCUCAGCGACAUCGCAAAGCACACGCCGGAGCUGGCGCAGUCGGUGGUGGACGCGGGAGCAGUGGCCUACCUGGCACCCCUGGUGGUCAACCAGGACGCCAAGCUCAAGCGGCAGGUCUGCAGUGCGCUGGCGCAGGUGGCCAAGCACAGCGUUGACCUGGCAGAGGUGGUGGUGGAGGCGGAGGUCUUCCCAAAGCUGCUCACCUGCCUCAAGUUCCCCGACGAGUUUGUUCGCAAGCACGCGGCCACGCUGGUGCGCGAGGUCGCGAAGCACACGCCAGAGCUGGCGCAGCUGGUGGUGGCCAAUGGCGGCGUCGCAGCGCUCGUAGAGUACAUCACCGACAGCGUCGGCAACAAUGCCCUGCCGGGCAUCAUGGCGCUCGGAUACAUUGCGGCGUUCAGCGAGACCCUCGCGCUGGCGGUCAUUGCGGAAAAGGCCCUGCCGCCGCUGGUGGCGGCGCUGGCUCAGGAGCCGGAGGACCACGUCAAGGCCGCGACGGCCUGGGCGCUGGGCCAGCUGGGGCGGCACACGCCAGAUCACGCCAAGGCCGUCGCUGACACAGGCGUGCUGGCGACGCUGGUGGCUCUGGAGGCCAGCUCUUCGUCGUCAGAGGACCUGGCCACCAAGGCGCGCCGCAGCCUCAAGAGCAUCGUGUCCAAGUUGAGCCACCUGCCUGCGCUGGACUCCUUGGUCCACAGCCCCCUGCCCGAGGGCGUCAUGCGACUGGUGCUGGAGCAGGCGGGCAAGGUGCUGUCCAACGACGCAGCGGGACGCAGCCAGUUUGUGCACAGCGGGGGCCUGGCGGCGGUGCAGCAGCUCGCGGAGGCGCCCGGCAGCAAGCUGAAGGAGGCGGUUGAGAUCAUCAACAGUGCGUACCCCGAGGAGAUCGUCCGAUACUACAGCCCCUCCUAUUCAAAGCAGCUGCUGGACAAGCUCGACGCCGCCGCAAACGCAUAA